AUUAGUUAAUGGUGCUUGUGCCCUCUGGUCACACUGAAGUUUCUCGCGUCGAGUUUGCAGAAAGAAAUAACAUUGUUAGAUUUUAGUGCAUUGCAGUGGAAAGAUAAAAAUGCCGCCCACUAUAAAUAAUUCGACGGCAAAUAGCGCUGCGGAAAAGCGACCGCAGCGUCAGACAGAACGCAAGUCCGAGAUAAUUUGCCGCGUUAAAUAUGGCAAUAAUUUGCCGGAUAUUCCCUUCGAUCUAAAGUUUCUGCAGUAUCCGUUCGAUAGCAAUCGCUUUGUGCAGUACAAUCCCACAUCGCUGGAGCGCAACUUUAAGUACGAUGUGCUGACGGAACACGAUCUUGGCGUCACAGUGGAUCUCAUCAAUCGCGAACUUUACCAGGCCGAUUCAAUGUCACAACUGGAUCCGGCUGAUGAGAAACUGCUCGAGGAGGAGACAAUGACGCCAACGGAUUCGGUGCGCUCACGCCAACAUUCACGUACAGUGUCCUGGUUGCGCAAAUCCGAAUACAUCUCCACGGAACAGACGCGCUUCCAGCCUCAGAAUCUGGAGAAUAUUGAGGCCAAGGUGGGCUACAAUGUGAAGAAGUCGCUGCGCGAGGAGACCCUCUAUCUGGAUCGCGAUGCCCAGAUCAAGGCCAUCGAGAAGACGUUCAUCGACACAAAGAGUGACAUCACCAAGCAUUAUUCCAAGCCGAAUGUGGUGCCCGUUGAGGUGUUGCCCAUAUUCCCCGACUUCACCAAUUGGAAGUAUCCCUGCGCUCAGGUCAUUUUCGACAGCGAUCCGGCGCCACAGGGCAAAAAUGUGCCCGCACAGCUGGAGGAGAUGUCGCAGGCCAUGAUUCGUGGUGUCAUGGACGAGAGCGGUGAACAGUUUGUCGCCUACUUUUUGCCAACAGAGCCAACGCUGGAGAAGCGUCGCAACGACUUUGUCGCCGGCGAGCUCUACAAAGACGAUGAGGAAUACGAGUACAAAAUUGCGCGCGAAUACAACUGGAAUGUCAAGACAAAAGCGUCCAAGGGCUACGAGGAGAACUACUUCUUUGUCAUGCGACCCGACGGCAUCUACUACAACGAGCUGGAGACGCGUGUGCGUCUCAACAAGCGACGCGUCAAACUCGGACAGCAGCCGAACAACACGAAACUGGUUGUUAAGCAUCGUCCGCUUGAUGCCAUUGAGCAUCGCAUGCAGCGCUAUCGCGAACGCCAAUUGGAGGUGCCUGGCGAGGAGGAGGAAGAGGAGGACGAUGAAAUGGAGGUGGAUGAGGAGCAAACGAAAACCGCGGCUGCAGCGGAUUUGGCUGUCAAAUCAAAGACUGCUGUCGAAGAGGCAGCAGCUGCUGGCGGCUCAACGCCAACGCCCGAUGCACAGGCGCAACGUGAACGACAGUCUCGCUCCCGCACCCGCUCCGGUGGCUCACGUUCACGCACACGCAGCCGAAGCGGCAGCGCCAGUGGUAGCGGCUCCCAUAGUCGCAGUCGCAGCCGCUCCAGCUCGGCGAGCGGCUCAGGCUCACGGGCCAGCAGCCGCUCCAAGUCUGGCUCCCGCUCGCCAAGCGGGUCACGGUCGCGCUCCAAUACACCCGCUGGGUCGCACAAGUCGCGCAGUCGCAGUGCAUCACGCAGCCACUCAAAAUCUAAGUCGAAAUCCAAGUCGAAAUCAAAGUCAAAGUCACGCAGUCGCAGUCGCAGUGCAUCUGGGUCGCGUUCUGGCUCCGGUUCCCGUUCGCCCAGCCGUUCGCGCAGUGGUUCACCAAGCGGGUCCGGCUCGGGCUCCAGCUCUGGCAGCGGCACCGAGGAGGAAUAAACAUAAUAGCAAUAACAAUAAUUCGCAAACUUUUGCAGCUUCUAAUUUAAGAGAGAACAAUACACAAAAUGUACACAAAGACAAAAAACA